UAUGAGGAAGCCGCCAAUUGGUACACGAGACAACGGAUCCUGUCGCUUUUCGUGAACGACUACUCGAAGAGCGAGCUAUUGGCUUUGAUUCCGGGUCUCUCAAAAUGGAGAAUCGACGAGGCAAGGAAGCACGCUUUCCAAACUAAGCCCGGGCAACCCAUUGAUCCACCAAGGAUCACCAGAUGCCGUUUGGAUACUGUGAAAGUUGACCACUUUCUUGACUUCUUGUCCAGUCCAUCAGUUCUUCAAGAUGUGGCAUAUGGCACCAGAACUCUUAAACUGGAGAGUGGAGAGAGCUUAGAGACCCCGAACAUGGUGCGCACAGUUAUAUCCUCCCACCUAGUGCGCAUGUACCUGAACUUUUGUGUAGAGUCCAAUCAAGGUACGGAUUAUAAAACGUUCGUAAAGGACGAAUUUUGAUCAGGGUUAAUUGUAGUUGUAGUAGUGGUGUAGUAGUAGUAAUGGUUUGAAUUUAGAAAAUAGUUUGAAACCAAAGCAUUUUGUUUCUCUUCAGGUUUGUGGGGCUUCACUAAAGAAAUCGUUAGCCGGUCUUGAUAGCACUCAGACAGAUGGGGUACAGGCGCUCGCCACUCUUGAAGACAUCACUCAUCAACUCAAACAAGCCGGUGAGAUACAAACACCUUCCAUUAUUACUGUAGGUGCACGAGUUGUCACAACUUUUAAUAAGCUGACGGAGUAUCAAUAUUUAUUAUUGUGUGUAUUUUUUCUAUCACAGGACUGGAUAGCACAAUGGCCGAUAACAUUCUAAUGCGACUCAAAGCAGGUCGGCAGUAUCUGAAGACGGAUUUCAAGAUCCACACAGCCAGCGAAUCCCCGUGCGCAGAUCACUGCAGAGUGUUCGCCCUCAGUAGGACAGAGAAAGAGUACAACGGUCAGUGCCAACAUCAGCAUACCAUAACCUGUGACCGGUGCGAAGACCUAAAGAAUGCUGUCUCAGAUCUGCAACUAGCGUUGGAUUCAGGUGAAGUACAUCUAAGGUAAGAACAUCUUUGUGACAGAAAAGCAGAGUUUAGCAUUUAUUGUCAACUAACAACCUAAUCCCCAGGGCGCUUUAUAUGAGUUUCAGUUAGAAAUUUUAAAUUGCUUUGGGUGGUUCUAAACCUAAUGAACAUAUGUUUUAAAUGAAACGUAGUUUACGAAAAAAGUGAGAGUCAUCAUGAUAAACGGCUCCAAAGAAAAAUUUCUGACGCUAUCGCGCCGUGAUGUUGACAAGCUCUACUCUUUCCCUUUUAAGUCCUUUUAUAAACGAGAGGAGUUACAGCAUGAUUUGAGCUGCGCUGCGCCGAGCAUAGAAGAUUGGAAGUCGCACGUUCUCCGUUCAGUUCACCAGGAUGCGGCCAAGAACGAAAUUGUUGAUAGCCUGAAACCAUCACAGGUUCUGCUAAUAAUAGACUGGGCGGUGAAGUUUAUUCCCACCAGCUUUCGCGAAACGCAGCGCGACUGGUUUGGAAAGAAGGGGAAGUCCUGGCCUCUCCCGGUGGCCAUCACUAAAGCAGAAGAUGGAACAAUUGAGGUAGAAAUCAUGUGCCUACUCUUCUGUCUUUAUCGCUCACUGACCAGUAUAAACUAGUUUCUCGUGAGCGCGGUCUUUGUUGCGCUAACCGAUUGCAAAAUUGGAUAACUGAUAAGAAUGCCAGGCCCAGAAUAGACGCGAAAGCUUAAAUUCCUAAUAGUGAAUUUCAACAUUUCAUUGCUUUCGGCACUUACAUUAAGAUAAAAUGUUGGCGACGCACGUAAGCGCGCGCAAAAGCGCAUGGGACGGAGAACAUUUUUAAUCCAAAUAAAAGGCCAUUAACAUUCUCGAAAAAAGCAGACCUUCCCGGGUGUUAUCUCUGUUUCAAGUCAAAAUGCGCAGGUUAAUACUCCAUUAGCCCUUGACUGUGACCAGGUCCCUUGGCACACUAUUCAUGCUAAAAAAUGCUUUAUUAUUAUGACUUUCAGACGCGAACAUAUAUGCAAUCAAAACUGGUUCAGCGUUGCCUCCAUCAUCGAAGAUUCACUAACCACCAUGAAGCGACAGAAACCUAGACUGAAUGAAGCUUUCCAAGAUCUGACAACGCAGGCUGUUAUCACUGCCCAUUUCUUCUUCUCAGUCUUCCAAGCCUUGGAGAGCGAAUUGGUGUCCGCAUAGCUCGUUAUGACUUCAGUGAGGCCCAAGCUGGGAAAGACAUAUGUGACCGCCGAGCCGCCGCCCUGAAGAGCCACAUUAGGCGCUACAUUAAUGAAGGCAAUGACGUCAAGACAGCAAGUGACAUGAAAGCUGCUAUUGACUCUCAUGGGGGCGUCAAAGGCUGCUACUCAGUGGUGUGCAAGGUUGACGAAAGGUCCCAAAACAUGACCAAGCACCCGCUGAGUGGCAUACAGUCUUUGAAGAACUUCGUGUUCACUGAAAGUGGAGAGAUGAUCGCUUGGCGGGCCUACAAUGUCGGACCCGGAAAGGUCUUUUCCGCGGCGUCGCUA